AUGAUGCUUUUCUCAGUUUGUGUUGCUUUGGCAACGCUUCAGUUAGCAUUAUCGCAAGCUCCUGCUUGUAGCCAGAAUAUCACCGACAAUGACAUCAUACUACUCGAGAGUCCCGGCUACCCAAACAACUAUCCUGCCCAAUCCCAAUGUCUCUACAGGAUUUUAUUUACCCAGCCACGAGGAACGCAGAAAGUUGUACGCAUGUACGUCAGCAACUUCAGGCUCUACAAUCAACGCUUCAGUCGGGAUAUGUUUCGGUUGAAUAAUCGUAUCUACUACGGGGACGGUUCAUCUGAACCCACUGCCCUACAAAUUGGCAGGACUUACACAUUCCGCACAUACGAUGACGAGUUCGUUAUGGCAUUGGACGCACGGACAACCACCCCAACACAAGGGUUUGCGUUGGAGAUAUUCAUAGAACCGGGGGAUGGCUCAAACAAUAAAACAGAGGAGUGUGACGGCAGAUCAUGCAGUAACGGACGAUGCCACAGCUACGACGUUGUUGAACCUGGGCCUGGUUACACCUGUCUUUGUAGUCUGGGAAGCUCGGGACCAAACUGUGAACUUGGACCAAACACCCACGAUUGUCCAAAGUAUUACGAAGGUCGAGAGGGAGUAAUUACAAGUACCAAUUAUCCUGGCACCUACCCCGACUCUCAUCUCUGCGAUAUGCUCAUCAUGGGUCUCAAGCCGGGAGAGUUCGUAACGCUUUUUGUGGAAGAGUUCAGAACGGAGAGAAAUUAUGACUUUUUGUAUACCCAAACUCAAAGUGAACGGUACCAUGGAAACGGUAGAUCUGACACAUCAGCUAUGCAGAUCGGACAAACCUAUAUAUAUGAGGUGGUCGGAGACACAUUCAGGCUCCACUUCAGUACUGACGGGGACACAAACUUCAUUGGCUUCAGGCUUCUCUAUAAUGUAUUUGGUGAAAGUGAGAGAGAGAAUUUCACCAGUAAUCCAGAAGUUGGGAAUACCAACAAAGGGACAACAUUUUCCAUUGCCUUCCUGACCCAGCCUGAGUUUUCCACUACCGGGGAGACAGAAAUUUUUAUCACAUCGGAAGCAGUUGCUAGCGUCGAGGUGUACAGUCCAUUCACUGGCGAUACGAUGAACUUUACGUUAAUUCCAGAAACGUUUGUCCGUGUAGAUAUGCCCAACUUCAUAAGAUUAAUAAAUGGUACAGAGAACAAGGGGAUCCGUAUAAGAUCUGAUGUCAACAUCACCGUGUCUGGCUUCAAUACGAUUACAGACGGAGCCGAUUCUUUCCUCGCCUUACCCCACGCCCUUCUCGGAACACAGUAUAUCGUGCCCUGUUAUGCUCCAUUCAGCAUCUACGACUCAACGAUUGCUGUAGUCGCCACAGCUGACGACACGACCGUUUGGUUUGCAAGAAAGGUUGGUCAGGACUAUGACUACGAUAAUGCCUUGGAAGUGAGAUUGAAUGACUUGCAGACAUAUCUUUACGCAGCCGAAAGUGAUCUCACAGGUACAAUUGUAUACUCCAACCGUCCAGUGGCGGUCUUCUCAGGAGCAGAAUAUACACAAGUACCCGCUAAUGUAAAUUACUUUGGCCACUUAGAAGAACAAAUUCCUCCAGUUCAAACUUGGGGCUAUGAUCAUGUGGUUGUGCCUGUACCGGGGCGCUACGGGGGCGACAUCAUCAGGGUAAUCGCUGCGGAAGAUGGAACCAUUGUUUCUCAACCUAACGGCUUCACACAGACGCUAGUUCAGGGAGGCUUCGCGGAAUUUGACAUCCCAUCUGAUAUUGCUCACUUCAUCAAGUGCUCAAGAAGGUGCAUGGUUGUACAAUACAACAAAGGUCGACUCGCAGACAAUAACCAGGGUGGUUCUGGUCCCUUCAUGUCCAUUGUCCCUAGCGUUUCACAGUUUGUGCAGAGUGACCAAUUCCAAGCCCCUGAUACAUUCGACGAUAAAGAAUACACAAACUACGUUAGUGUUGUAGUAAACAAGGACAAGACGGUAGGAAUGCUAUUCAAUGGUGAAAACAUUACAGAAACUGGCGCUGUUUGGAGAGACGUUCCAGGCUCUGAUUACGCCUUCACCAGUUUCAAUGCCGGUGCUAUGACCAAUUCUAUCAGACAUACCGAUGUGAAUGUGAAACAUUUAGCGAUGUUAUCAGGGCACUGUUCCACGAACGGUUAUGGGUAUCCCCUUGGAAUGUCGUUGGAUAAUAUAGCGGCUAAAGUGACAGAUGCCCCCAAGACUACGCCAAGUCCGACGUUACCGACCCAGAACGGCACCGAGAUAUGUUAUUGCAAGUUUCGAAUAGAAAACAACGAAACUGCAGGGGAGGAAGAGCUUGGUCGUGUCUUGCAUGAUUUCCCUAAUAGAGUGGAACAAGCACCUGCAGGAUGUGAAACCUGCUGGGAUUUGUUGAGACAAUGUCCACGUGACUGCAAGUCUGACGCCAGGGCAUUCUGGGGGUCAGGGCUCUUUAACGUCGUUGUCGUAGAAGGACGAGAUAAAACCUUGGGUCAAUUAUUCUGCGAGCGUCAUUUCUAUCCAAUUUUACCGCCAGGCAGACGGAUAAAUACAUUCUACCAGGCAGGGGCCUGUGAUUUGGAAAUGGCCACUUUUGUACCGGACAUAACCGGCGAUCGUCUCUGCUGUAGUGAUACCAACGUUCCGGUCAUAGGACGUGUGCCUGUAUGGGAUGUCGACUGCACUGGGCAGAAUUCUACGAUGCAUUCCACUUCCCUGGCUAACGUUGUCCAAUCUGCCAAAGUUGCUUACAAAAAGAUGGGGCUAGACUCAGUUACAAUUAACAAGCACGUUAAGACGAUUCACAAGCAGACCAAAGUUAUUCACUAGCGAGAUAAAAUAAUGAACAAUUAUGAAUAAGGCUAAAUGAUCAAAACAAUGCCAUGUCUUUGCAUUAGAUGAAAAUAAAAAUGUUUUAUAAGCA